UGAAGAGUAGGUACGGCGAAACCUCAUUGUGACCUAAUCUAACCUGAGCUCUCAUGAUGAGUCGCCGGAGCGUGGUGAUAGUGAUGACCUCUUUCUUCUGGUUCACCGCGACGGCCGCGGCAAAAGAAAUGGGCUUGGUGCGGUCACUGUGGGUGGUGCGAGGAGGGCGGGCCGAGCUUCCUUGCGCCCCGACCCCCAAGCACAAACAAGACUCUGCCCUCGUGGUGUUGUGGUACCGCUCCAGUGACACAAUACCAGUCUACAGCUAUGACGCCCGGGAGGGAGAGUUCACUUCCGGCGUUAGGUGGGCGGACGAGGGAGAGCUAGGCGGGAGAGCGCACUUCAUUCCUUCCUCGGAGCCGCCCACACUAGUACUGGAGCCCGCCCACGCCCGCGACCAAGGCGUGUACACCUGCAGGGUCGACUACCUUCUGUCACCCUCCACCACAGCUGUUGUCAACCUCACUGUUGUGGUACCUCCGGGACCUCCUAUGAUCCUAUGGGGCGGCCGCGGGGUGGUGGACGUGGUCGGGCCGCUUGGGGAAGGUGAAAGGGCGGAGCUCACCUGCAGAAGUAAGGACGGCAGACCUCCUCCCACUCUCACUUGGACUAGAAGAGGACAGCGUUUGCCUCUGCUCGCGUAUAACACGUCCUCUUCCCCGAUCAAGGGAUACAAUGCUCAGGCGCGGGUGGCUAUUGUCGGCAGCCGUGACCUUCUAGGCAGCACUCUCUCCUGUCACGCCCACAUGCCCUCACUCGCCCAAGUGCACACUACCCUUCCCCAGGUGCAGACAGCCUCUGUGAUAGUCAAUGUCACAUUGCCACCGGUGACAGUCAGAAUUCUGGGUCCAGGCGCUGCAGCCUCGGCGGGCACGAAGCUGCGUCUGACAUGCCGUGCCGCUGGCUCCCACCCUCCCGCUCAGCUAACCUGGUGGAGCGGCCACAAGCCCCUCUCACAAGUUUCUUAUGCCGUGGAGGCCGGUGGCAACGUGACCAGCGCCACCCUCACGCUGCUUGUGGACCGGGAGCACAACGGAGCCACUCUCACCUGCACUGCCGCCAAUCCCGCCUUACCCGGAGAACGAAACCUCAGCGACUCCAUCAGGCUCAGCGUCUACUACGCUCCGGUGGUCGAUCUUUCAAUGGGACGCCCCUUGGAUCCGAGAAGCCUGAAGGAGGGAGAUGACGUUUACUUCGAGUGCAGCAUCAUUGCCAACCCUCCUUAUAAACGCGUCAUCUGGUACCAUAACGGGGCGGUGGUGGGGCACAACGUGAGCUCCGGCGUGGUGGUGAGCAGACAGAGCCUCAUCCUGCGCCACCUCAACAGAGAGCACUCGGGUUCCUACACCUGCGGCGCGACCAACCACGAGGGACACAACACAAGCAACGCCGUAAUCCUCUCAGUCAAACAUGCUCCAGUGUGUGCCGGCACAGGGCGGGAGAGGACCCAGGGGGCGCCACGAGGCUCCACAGCAUCCAUCAAGUGCACGGUGGAGGCCGAGCCCGCAGAGAACAUCAGGUGGUCGUGGAUCAGGAAGCGAACUGAUGGAACAGAGGAGGAAGUGCCUGACGAGGAUGUACGGGUCGAUGGUCUCUCUUCUAGCGUCCUCGUCACGCCACACACGCCUGAGGACUACGGUCGCUUUCUUUGCGUGGCGUCUAACGAUGUUGGCGAGCAGCGCGAGGCCUGUGUGGUAACUCUGGUACCAGCGGGGCCACCAGAUGCGCCCACAAAUUGCUCGGUGUCCCCGGCCGAUCCCAGCACGGUGCACGCCCACCCCACCAGCGCUGCCCUCACCAUCACCUGCCUGGAGGGGUUUGACGGAGGCUUGCCGCAGCACUUCACGUUGGAGACUUGGCAGGACAAUGAGCUCAUAGACAACAUGACCAGCAUGUUCCCAGAGUGGGUAGUAUCAGGACUCCGGGCGGGAGUAGGCGUGACGCUGCGGGUGGCGGCCCAUAACUCUCGUGGCCGCAGUGAUGCUUUACGCUUCGAGGUGCACACAGCUAGCGCGCAGCACCACGCCGCCCCAGACUCCAAGUGGGGCUUCCUGGGCGUACCUCCGUUGCUGGGCGCCAUCGUUGGAGUUGGCGGAGUGCUGCUCAUUAUCCUGGUAACGGGAUUGAUCGUUGCCAAGUACACCUGGCGACCACAGCCGCCCACUCACGUACACACACUCAUCAUGACACCGACCACUGCCACUCCUGACCCUGAUACCUACGACCCUGACGUGGUGUCCUCGCUACGCCGGCCAGCAGACAGCCUGGACGUGCUGCCCCGCUCUGACCCCGCCCAACAGAUUGCCGCCCCCACCACUCUCACCACGGCUCAGGCCUCCAUGCACCACGGAGAGCAAGGACAGACAAGUGCACGCACCCAAUCAACUAAGCAUGGAAGCAAGCAUACGUCAUUUUCCCGUGGGUUCUGCCUCCAUAGACAGAACAGUCCCUUCGGUGACAGCGAGGAGACUGGUGACUCGGACUCAGACUCUACUUUCACGGACCUGACCGCUGCUGGCCGCGCCGCCGCCGCCCUGCCGCCCGGCGCCAGGCACUGUAACUCUCUACCACGUGCGAGAAAGCAAAUUCAUCAACUCUCCUCAUCACCACUAGACCUACAGCUGCGAGCGUGUCAAGUGUCUCAGGUGGUGGCGACUCCCGAUGGCAUGAUUCAGCGAAUCCCCUACCUGGUUAGGAACCCGCGCCAGCCUCCGCAGUCCUCAUCAGGAGAACUGCGGCACCUCACGGCCUCCGCUGAAGAAUUACAUCCGCUUAUAUUCUCCCGAGACUUUACUCAGCUUCUUUCAUCCGCAGAUGUUCGACAUUUGUCUUAUUCGGGUACAGAGCUGCGGCUGAUUCCCGGCACAGGCACCUGGCCACUAGCUUCCUCAUCAGGGGAGCUUCGACUUCCACUUCAGUCUUCAGGCACUUUACACUCAAUCACUACUGAGGAAUUCCGGCUUCUCCCUUCAUCAUCGGGCUCGUCCCCAUGGGAUUCACAAACAACGCCUAUUUUCAACAGACUCUCUCCAGCUAGCCAACAGAUGCCGUACCCAGAAAAAACACAGCAUUCUCCACAGAUACCUGUCACAGAAUCACAAUCUCAGUCGCCCUGUGCAGAGUUACAGCCUCGAUCUCUAGCAACGCAGCCUCUUCUUCAAGCCAUAUGCACAGAGCCCCAGACUCAAUCAUACUGUCAGGAACUGAAGCUUCAACAGUCUUUUCCUGAGACUCACAAUCAGGGAUCCAAUUCAAUGUCCCUCCAUCUUCCGUCUUGCCCCGAAGUUCAUGCCAAGGCGAAAAGGGAUGAGACUUACUCACAGACAGAUUUUGUCGACCCUCAUCUCCGGACAGAUUCUUCAAAUACACAGUCCAUAUCAUGUAUGAGGCAAACAUCUUCCAAUCCUGGAAAAAACAAAACUACAACAGACGAGCCAAUGGAUCCAACAGAGCCUCAAGUAUCUCUGAGGGAAUUACAGCCUCCGUCUGCUCCGAGCGGAGAUGUGGAGCCAUUGUUAUCCACAAUAGAGCUCCAGCCACCGCCGUCUUUCAGGGAGCCUGAGCAAUGUUCUCAAUUCCAAACGGGGUCACUGUUAAAUGCUGAACAUCAGAGACAACCAAUAAUCCUACCAGUGACGUGCCCACUGUCUCCUCCAUCGAGCCAGUCACAGCAGUACAAAGCGAGGGAAGCAAUAGAGACACAGUUUGAUUUCAAAAUGUCUCAUGUCAAAGAUUCACCUUCUGUCGGUGUAAAUGAAAUAUUUGAGCAAUCAGAAGACACGUUUUUCCCUACGAUCAUCAAACAUGAUCCUGUGAUGUUCAGUGGUAAUCAGUUCCCAGAGAGAUACAUAGAAAGCUCCCCUGAGGGAGGGAGCAGAGGUUUGUUGGCACGAAAAGGAUCCAAAAAGGGCAAACAAGUAACAUUUAGCGGUGAAGAAGACAUGGCUGUUCCGGUAGUGUCGCGCGUGCCGCCGAAGACCGUGAGCGGAAAAAGCGAUAAACGAUGUGCUCAAUUGUUCUCAUGUAUGGACUUGCCUCCCUCUGGACGGACGCCUAAGCCUCAUGACACGGCGACUCCGUCUCCGCCAACACAACAACAGUUAAUUGGACUUCCGAGCCAAGAAACGGCUGACGUCUACCCACACACUAGCGGAACCCCUACAGAGGCGCUUCACAAGAUUAUAAACCAACAAUCAGAAAUCACCACGCCCUCCAGAACGUGCCGAGGACAUAAUCAGUUUUCUUCGACACCAGGUGGUGACUUCCGUCAGUCAUUUAUGACAAGUGACCUUCCACAUACUCUACGCAAAACUUCUGACCUCCAGUCUACCCACACCAGUUCUGUGCAGCCGACCUUACCAGCUUCGAGGUUGCGAGAAACGGUAACACCAGAGUGUCAUGAAAGCUCACAGCAACAGGGGCACGGGCCCUCAUGACUCCAUAACCUCACAUGCUCACACCAUCACACAUAGAUAGAAAACCCCUCUCCGUGACCUGAGCACUGGCUAUCCGAAGCUUCGUUACAGAUCCGCCCCUUAAGCUCGUCAGGGGCGGAACACUGUCACAGUGAUCCCGCUGACAGCAGUCACUGUGAACCAUGAGAAUGUGUGCUCCUGAAAUAUGGAGAUAAUUAUGUCAUAAACGAUAAAAUAAUAUUUUCUUUGUAUAAUUAGAAAGAUCACUUAGUAAAUUCAGCAUAUAAGAAUAUAUAUUUAUAUAUGUAUGCGUAAACUAACAUACAAUCAUGUAAAUGUAUGUAUUAUUGCCUUCUGUGUAUAUUUCUGUUGGCACUAAGACAUAUUCCACACGGGGAAUUGAAAUUGUGCGUAUAUGAAUUGCUCACUGAGGAGUCAUUCUUAAAGCAGGAACAAAAAAAUAUAUAUAACAAAUAAAUGAAAAAAGGUCGCUGCCCCCAAGGGGUAAGACUGUUGAUGAAGCCUCCUCAUGGAUUCAUUGGAAUGUUUCACUUUGUUAAAUAGAUGGUACAAUUUCUUAAA